GGUCGGCCACGUGCGCAGGAUCGUAUAGAAGGCUGCCCACCAGCCGGGAUGGGAAUUCAAGCGGAGCCCCAUCAAACCUUCCGGUCCCCAAUCCCCCACCCUUCAGCUCCUUAUAUUCUUGAAAUAAGCACUUAAUCUGUACCCACUCCCUCCACCCUUGCCACCUUGUCUGGUCUCCAGAUUUCCCCCCCUCCUUUAAUAAUUUAAAAUUUUUUUUUUUACUUUUUGGCCACACUGCGCGGCAUGUGGGAUCUUAGCUCCCCUACCAGGGAUCGAACUUGCACCCCCUGCAUUGGAAGUGCCGUUUUAACCACUUGGCCAUCAAGGCAGUCCCACCCCCUUAAAAGACCCUCAGAGAUGGGGCUCCAUUUGAAAGUGCCAAUUUAUUCCCACCCUUUGGAUCUGACCAUUAAAUUUCAGCUUCUCUCAUAUUAGUAUUGACUUAUAACAUCUGCUUUAGGCAGAAGAUGGCACUUAGGGUGGUCAGGAGACUGAGGGAAACUGGGAGCUGUACAAACUAGAAAGAGGCUUCUAACUCAGCUUGGAAGUCAAAGAGGGCUUCCUGGAGGAGGUGACACACAAGCCAAGCCCCUGCAGAGAAGGGUGAGACCAGGGGUUCUUAGGUGUGGAGAGGUUCAGGCUGCAUCUGAAUCCCCAAACCCCAGGGGUCUUUCUAAGCCCAAUAUCUUAGACCCUGCAGUUCCCUAAGAAGGGGGCCUAGAUUCCUGCUCUAACUACAGGGACCUUUGAGACUGGAAACAAUGGCUCCCCAAAGGCCCUUCCAGCUCAAAGAGGGGCUAACAGCCAAGGAGAACAGCUGUGGUAUGGGCAAGAGCCAAAGGUGAGGUUCUCUGCCUUGGCUUUGGGCAAAUCACCUUCCCCAGAUUCUUUCCUCUCUGAAGCUCCCCUCCUGGAUCUUCCUAAGCCUCCGACUCUUCCUCUUUCACAAAUCCUCCCUGGAGAGUGCUGUCCAUCCCUUGGCUUGUAACUGCCUCCUAGUCUUGAGCCGUUUAUUUCCCAAGAGUUCAUUGACCACAUAUUGUGCUAGGGUCCAUGCUGGGUGCUGAGAAACAUGUUCCUUCAACUCCUGGUCUCGUAGGAGAGACAGAUGGGGAAAAAAAAAAGAAAACCGCAAUGACAAGUGUAAUAAAGUACAGAAACUCCCCUGAUGGCCUAGAUAAAGCUGGUUCUUUUCCCUAGUUUCCACCCAUAGCACCUCCCUAGUCCCUCACUUAUCACUAAUGCAAACAGGUAUUUGUUGCUUGUUCAUUUAUUUAUUUUUUUUACUGGCCUCUGUAGUUGCAGCAAGUGGGCUUAGGUGCUCCUAGGCAUGUGGGCUCUUAGUUACCCGACCAGGAAUGGAAUCCUUGUCCCCUGCCUUGAAAGGUGGAUUCUCAAGCACUGAGCCACCAGGGAAGUCCCAUGCUUGUUUAUUUCUGAAAUGAAGGCAAGCUCCUGGGAGCUUGUCUGUCAAAUGACACAUUUGUUUUGCUGUUAUCUGUCCAGUGUCCAAAUUGCUGUCCAGCAGGUGGUAAGUGCUCCAAAAAUGUUUGCUAAUGGAAGAAGGAAUGAAGAAGGAAGGGAAGGAGGAAAGGUGAGAAGGAAAAAAAUAGACAACUGAGAAAAGGUGGGGAAGAAGUUAUGACAUGAACCAGAGCAUCAGAGAAGGCCUCUGUGAAUAUGUAAUAUCUACAUUGAGACUGAAGGUUGAGCAAAGAGCCUGAGGAGAGCACCCCAGGCAGAGGAAAGAGCAAGUGCAAAGGCCAGGAGGUAGUAACGAGCUUGGUGUAUGUGAAGAAAGGAAAGAAGGCCAAUGUGGUUGAUUAGAGCCAGCAGGGGAGAGUCAUAGGAGAUGUGGUCAAAGAGGAACAAGCUGCCACAUCACGCAGCACUCUGCAGGCUCUGAUGAGGGCAGAUGUGUGCGUGCUAAGUCACUUCAGUUGUGUGUGACUCUCUGAGACCCCAUGGACUGUAGCCUUCCAGGCUCCUCUGUCCAUGGGAUUCUCCUGGCAAGAAUACUGGCAUGGGUUGCCAUGCCCUCCUCCAGGGGAUCUUCCCUACCCAGGGACUGAACUCACGUCUCCAGCGGCUCCUGCAUUGCCGGUGGACUCUUAACCGCUGCGCCACCAGGGAAGCCAUGGAGAUCUGAUUUUAAGUGCCUACAACUCCAAUGUGUCCUCUGAUACUUGCCCCUAGAUUUCUUCCUGGCCCUUCACUUUUAAAAAUUAUUUUAUUUGGCUGUGUCGGGUCUUAGUUGUGGCGCAUGAGCUUCUCUCUAGUUGUGGUGCUCGGGCUUUGUUGUCCCAUGGCAUGUGGGAUCUUAUGCCACCCAACCAGGUGGGAUCUUGACCAGGAAUGGAACCUGAGUCCUCUGCAUUGCAAGGUGGAUUCUUAACCACUGGACCACUUGGCCAGACACUUCAAAUUCAUCACCUGCUGAAGCAGAUACUGUGGGUGUCCUGCCUGUAUCCACCUGGCCCAUCUGGGAAGUCAUAUGCAGACACUUCCCAGACCCUCAGUGUCCCCAGAUGCUCCCUGAGUUUCUGUCUGGACGAGGUCCUGGGUGGGUGGGAUUCUGUAGCCUCAGAACCUCCAGCCAGUUAGAGAUAGGGAUUGGUGAAUAACUAUCCCAGCUCUGUGGUUCCUGGGGGUCAGUUCUGAGGUGAGUUCCCCACAGUGUCUCAGAGGGUCCCCACUGGGAUUGUCAAAGGGGUAACUUCUUUAAAAAAUAUUUUAUAUAUUAAUUAUUUAUUUAUUUGGCUGCACUGGGUCUUAGUUGUGGCAUGCAGGGUCUAAUUCCCUGACCAGGAAUCGAACCCCAGGUCCUCUGCAUUGGCAGCUCAGAGUGUUGGCCACUGGACCGCCGGGGAAGUUCCACAGUGGUAACCUUUUCAUCAACACACCCUUUACUGGCUUUUCUCCUUUCUUUGUCUCUCUUCCUCAUUCCUUCACAGCCCUGACUGUGAUCAGCUCCCCAAUACAGUUCUUGCACCCCAAUUCUCAUCUUAGAGUCUGUUUUUGAAGGGACCAUAAUGAAGGCAUUCCUUAAACAACUCAUCACCUUCCCCUAAAAUAUUAUUCUCUGUUCUCAUUUCCACCAUGAACCCUACUACCAUAAUCAGACACCCAAGUCUGGGCAAUUCUUCUAGAAAGAUAGAGCAGCGGGUGUCUAUUUAUCAAGCCAUUCCCUUCUCGAGUCCAGCCCUGUGCUGAGCAAUGGGACUCCAGGGAUGAAUCUGAUCAUCUCCUGCUCUUGAGGGAGUCGCUGGUCUAUUGGGAAGACAGAUCUGGAUCCAGGCAAGGUCCACACAACGUGCUCAGAACUGUGUCAGGAAAGUCAGAGAAGUCUUUCCCGAAGAGAUGCCAUGGGCUGAGCACUGAAGGCUGAGUAGGGGCUGGCCAUUUGGGAGGCAGGGGGGCGUUCCAGGAAGAAGGCAUAGCUUAUAGAAAAGUUCAGAGGGUAUGAGAAUCCAGGGGCUGGGGAGGGCAAGGGCAUGGGAAGGAAAUGUGAUUUCAUUCUGGGCUUGGUGUGGAGGAACGAGGAGAAGUGUGGGCAGGGGUCAGGGCAUGGCAGGCCUUAAACCUCAGGAUGAGAGGCUCCUGCCUCCUCCCGGGUUUGAUGGAGAGCUCUGGAGGUUUCCUGAGCAGGGGAGUGUCACUGUCAGAUUUGAGUCUGAAAAUAAUUCCCUGGGACUUCCCUCGCAGUCCAGUGGGGCAGGACUCGGGGCUCGGGUUUGAUCCCUGGUCAAGGAACUAGAUCCCAAAUGCUGUAACUGAAGAUCCUCCAUGCCGCAAGGAAGAUCGAAGAUCCCAUGACACAACCAAAUAGAUAAAUAUUUCAAAAAGAAAGAAAAAGGCUCAGUGGUAAAGAAUCUGCCUGCCAAUGCAGGAGACACAGGUUCGAUCCCUGGUCCAGGAAGAUCCCACAUGCCAUGGAGCAACUAAGCCUGUGCGCCAACAUUACUGAGCCUGCGCUCUAGAGCCUGGGAGCUGCAAUUAGUGAGCCCACACACAGCAACUACCAAAGCUCAAGUACCCUGGAGUCCAUGCUCGGCAACAAGAGAAGCUGUCGCAAGAAGCCUGCGCACCGCAACAAAGAAUAGCCCUUGCUCGCUGCAACUAGGGAAAAGCCUGCACAGCAACGAAGACCCAGCACAGCUAAAAAUAAAUAAAUAAAAUUAUUUGUAAUCAAUUUUUUAAAAAAGAAAAUGAUUCCUCUGAAUUAGUUUGAACUGGGGGGCUAGCUCAGCCAGGUUCCCUAGGUCAAAGCUGAAGGAUAGGCAUUUUUAACCAGUGAAAGAAGUCAUUUUCAGCCCAAGUCUCUGGAGAAUAGGCAGGGGCUAAGGCCCAGGAAGGGGAAUACCCUUGAAUUUGAAAGUGUCCAGCUCCCCAGGACCACAGCCUUCAGCCUCUGUGAGGCCUGAUUCAGCUAAACAAAGCUGGGGAGCGGGGAAACUUGUCGGCUCACUGCCCCCAAGGUAACCAUUAAUCCUUCCCGGGGGGAAUCCAGGGGCUAGUGCCCUGAGGGGCAGAUCUUGGGCAGAAUGGAGGAGCACACAGAGGCAGGCUCAGCACCAGUGCUGGGGGAACAGAAGGCUCUAAUUGACAAUCCUGCUGACAUCCUAGUCAUCGCUGCUUAUUUCCUGCUGGUCAUCGGCGUCGGCUUGUGGUCCAUGUGCAGAACCAACAGAGGCACCGUCGGCGGCUACUUCCUGGCGGGACGGAACAUGGUGUGGUGGCCGGUCGGGGCCUCUCUCUUCGCCAGCAACAUUGGCAGUGGCCACUUCGUGGGCCUGGCAGGGACCGGUGCGGCAAGCGGCCUGGCGGUGGCUGGAUUUGAGUGGAAUGCACUGUUCGUGGUCCUGCUACUUGGGUGGCUCUUCGUGCCAGUGUACCUGACCGCAGGCGUCAUCACCAUGCCGCAGUACCUGCGCAAGCGCUUCGGCGGCCAUCGUAUCCGCCUCUACUUGUCCCUGCUCUCGCUUUUUCUGUACAUCUUCACCAAGAUUUCGGUGGACAUGUUCUCCGGGGCAGUAUUCAUUCAACAGGCUCUGGGUUGGAACAUCUAUGCCUCCGUCAUCGCGCUCCUGGGCAUCACCAUGAUCUACACUGUGACAGGAGGGCUGGCGGCGCUGAUGUACACGGACACGGUGCAGACCUUCGUCAUUCUCGCGGGGGCCUUCGUCCUCAUGGGUUACGCCUUCCACGAGGUGGGCGGGUAUUCGGGGCUUUUCGACAAAUACUUGCGGGCAGUGACGUCCCUGACGGUAUCCGAGGAUCCGGCCGUGGGCAACAUCUCCAGCUCCUGCUAUCGACCCCGGCCGGACUCCUACCACCUGCUCCGGGACCCUGUGACGGGGGACCUGCCAUGGCCCGCGCUGUUUCUGGGGCUUACUAUCGUGUCCAGCUGGUACUGGUGCAGCGACCAGGUUAUAGUGCAGCGCUGCCUGGCUGGGAAAAACCUCACCCACAUCAAGGCGGGCUGCAUCCUGUGCGGCUACUUGAAGCUGAUGCCCAUGUUCCUCAUGGUCAUGCCUGGAAUGAUCAGCCGCGUUCUUUACCCGGACGAAGUGGCGUGUGUGGUGCCCGAGGUGUGUAAGCGCGUGUGCGGCACCGAGGUGGGCUGCUCCAACAUCGCCUACCCGCGGCUCGUCGUGAAGCUCAUGCCCAAUGGUCUGCGCGGACUCAUGCUGGCGGUCAUGCUGGCGGCGCUCAUGUCCUCGCUGGCCUCCAUCUUCAACAGCAGCAGCACACUCUUCACCAUGGACAUCUACACGCGCCUGCGGCCCCGCGCAGGCGACCGCGAGCUGCUGCUAGUAGGACGGCUCUGGGUGGUGUUCAUCGUGGCCGUGUCGGUGGCCUGGCUGCCCGUGGUGCAGGCGGCGCAGGGCGGGCAGCUCUUCGAUUACAUCCAGUCGGUCUCCAGCUACCUGGCGCCGCCGGUGUCGGCCGUCUUCGUGUUGGCGCUCUUCGUGCCCCGCGUCAACGAGAAGGGCGCCUUCUGGGGACUGAUCGGGGGCCUGCUGAUGGGCCUGGCACGCCUGGUUCCCGAGUUCUCCUUCGGCUCCGGCAGCUGCGUGCGCCCCUCGGGGUGCCCCGCUCUCCUCUGCCGCGUCCACUACCUCUACUUCGCCAUCCUGCUCUUCGUCUGCUCCGGCCUCCUCACCCUCGUGGUCUCGCUGUGCACACCGCCCAUCCCGCGCAAGCACCUCUACCGCCUGGUUUUCAGUCUCCGGCACAGCAAGGAAGAGAGGGAGGACCUGGAUGCUGAGGAGCUAGAAGGUCCGACCGCAGCCCCCGUGCAGAACGGGCGCCCUGAGCACGCAGUGGAGAUGGAGGGUAAGGCACUGCCCCCGGGAGUUGCGGCGGGGGAGCUGCGGGAGCAGAGUGUCCUCAGACUCACUAUCAGGCCUCAACUUCUCCCAGCGCCCCCGCCCCCAAGGCCAGGCCUGUUGCGGAAGUGCCUGCUCUGGUUCUGUGGCGUGAGCAGGGGUGGGGCGGGCAGCCCCCCAAGCCCUACCCAGGAAGAGACGGCUGCUGCAGCCAGGCGGCUGGAGGACAUCAGUGAGGACCCACGCUGGGCCCGCGUGGUCAACCUCAACGCCCUGCUCAUGAUGGCCGUGGCCACAUUCCUCUGGGGCUUUUACGCCUGAGGCCCACUGUGUUGGACACUCUGAGCCACAGCCUUAGAUGAGUAGGGGUGGGGAGCCAGCUGCAGUGAGAAGGGCCUGGGGCCAGAGAGUAGUGGGGAGGCCCCGGGACCCCUACUCUCUGCCUUGUUUCUGCCUGGGACCCAGUCCAUAGCCACACCCUGUGAGGCCUUGGCCAGCUGGCCACUGUAGUUCCCCUAAGAACAAAUAAAGCUGCGUUGCCUAGUC